CCGGCACUGGACUCAAAACUUCUUCUUCCUCAACCUUCUUAAUUUCUCUGUCUCUGACCUCUGUUUUUCAGCAAUGUCUCCUAAAGUUUCCUCCUUUCAACCCUUUAAGCUUGCAACGUUCUUGUUAAUUUUAUUUCUUUUUGGCGCUGCUUCUGCUCAGUUAUAUCCGGACUUCUAUGCAAAAACAUGCCCCGGGGCACUUCCUGCCAUUGAAAAGGUGGUUAGAGCUGCAGUUGCAAAUGAGGCCCGGAUGGGAGCAUCCUUGCUUCGUCUUCAAUUCCAUGACUGCUUUGUUAAUGGAUGCGAUGGAUCUGUACUAUUGGACGACACACCUACAAUGAAAGGGGAAAAAACAGCAAAACCAAAUAACGGUUCUCUCAGGGGAUUUGAUGUCAUUGACAGAAUCAAAGCUGAAGUUGAGAAAAUUUGUCCCGGCGUUGUUUCAUGUGCCGAUAUUAUCACCAUUACCGCUCGUGACUCUGUGGUUGCUUUGGGUGGACCUUACUGGACAGUUCUCUUGGGCAGAAGAGAUUCAAAGACAGCAAACUUCAGUGGUGCCAACUCAGACAUCCCUGCACCCACUUUGAAUCUGACCAACUUCACCACUUCCUUCGCAAACAAAGGCUUAAGUGUUAGUGAUUUGGUGACUCUUUAUGGUGCCCACACUGUCGGCCAAGCUAGGUGCACCAAUUUCCGCGCCAGGAUCUACAAUGAAACAAACAUUGAUCCCUCCUAUGCGAGAGCAUUGAGAGUCAAGUCAAUGGGUUGAUUAAGUUUGCCGAGUUUUAUCCAAUUUUUCUUCCAAAUAUAGUAAAACAUAUUUCAUACU